ACAGGGGAGUUAUAUAUACGGAACAUAUGCACCACUCUAGAAUCACACUUCUCUUCAAAUUUCUUAAAUUAACCUUCUUUCUUAACGCAUCUUAAAGUUUUUGCUUCGUUCAUGGCGCAAAUAUUAUCUUCAAUUUCUUCGGGCAUCAGCCACACCAAUAGUGUUGAAAAUGGCUACACAGACCUCGACUGGGACAAUAUAGGAUACGGUGUAACGCCCACGGAUUACAUGUACAUGAUGAAAUGUUCCAAAGAUGAGGAGUUUAUAGAUGGCCAACUAAUUCCAUAUGGAAAUGUUGAGUUGAGCCCUGCUGCUGGUGUUUUGAACUAUGGCCAGGGUCUAUUUGAGGGAAUAAAAGCACGAAGAAGAGAAGAUGGAAGGAUUGUGUUAUUCCGGCCUGAUGAAAAUGCAUUACGCAUGAAAGUAGGCGCCGAAAGAAUGUGUAUGCCUUCUCCUUCUGUUGAUCAGUUCAUUGAUGCAGUCAAGAAGAGUGCUCUAGCCAAUAAACGUUGGAUUCCUCCUCCGGGGAAAGGUUCACUUUAUAUUAGACCUUUGCUCCUAGGAACUGGUCCGAUUCUUGGUAUGUCCCCGGCUCCUGAGUACACAUUCCUUAUUUACGUUACUCCUGUUCGUAAUUGCUAUUUUAAGGAAGGGAGCACCGGUUUACACUUGUAUGUUGAGGAUCAAUUUCAUCGUGCAUUUCGUGGUGGUGCUGGUUAUGUGAAGUCGAUUACCAACUAUGCACCGGUUUUGAAACCUUUGACAAAUGCAAAAGACAGGGGAUUUUCAGAUGUUUUGUAUCUUGAUUCUGUUAGCGGCAAAUAUAUAGAGGAGGUUUCUUCUUGCAAUAUAUUUAUCGUCAAGGACAAAACAAUCUCAACUCCAGCAACAAAUGGAACUAUUCUUCCAGGAGUGACAAGGAAAAGCAUGAUUGAAAUAGCCCGUGAUAUUGGUUUUAAGGUUGAGGAACGCCAAAUUUCAGUGGAGGAAUUGCUCGAAGCAGAUGAAGCUUUCUGCACUGGGACUGCUGUCGUGGUUGUGCCUGUGGGCAGUGUCACAUACCAAGCCCAAAGGGUAGAAUACAAGACAACAAACAUCAAUUCAGUGAGUGAGAGGUUGUUGUCAACAUAUGACGCAAUUCUUAAUGGUCAGCUUGGAGGCAAGAAUACUGGUUGGUUAGUUGAAAUUAACUAAGGUGGUGCUAUACUUUUUCACCAUGGAACAGAUCGACGGACCUUCAAUUAAAUGAUUCUGUUUUGCAAAUUUUCUAAAUUUUGCUUCCUCUGUUCUUUUUGUUCUUUACGUUUGGUUUUUUAUACGUUUAUUAACGAUUAAUUAACGUAUAUUGAGAUUCCUCUAUUUUUUUUAUUUAAACAAGACAAAU